AUGGCUGGACAGGACCCUAUACCUUGUAUUCAAGCAGAAAACUAUUUAGUUCAACUUCCACUCACUCAAAGAAAAUUUUGCUACUUUUUUGGACAAGAACUCUUAACAGCACUCAAAUCACUAAAUGAUGAAGACUUUUGUGAGCUCUUUGACAAUUUAGAACAGGAAAUGAACAAAGCAUAUGAAAAUAUACUUGCAAAUGUAGAAAACAUUGCUUUAAAACUCAAAGAAACACGUCUAAAACAUCAAAAACAAUUGCAUGAAAUUUCUGAA